UGUUGGCAUGAAAGAACCGUGCUGAGUAACAGCUUGGACUGCUCAGCCCUUCACUUUGUUAUUAAUUCCUGAGCUUUGGCUGUGAGUUCCCUUUUUCUCCCAUCCGCACAGCUCACCCUGUGACAUCCGCUCUGGAAAUUCCACUCUGCUUCCCUUUGUCUCUCUGCCUCUGGAGUUCCCUAUAAAAGGAGAGAAGCCUCUUGCUGCUCAGUGUCACAGCUAGUCCCUGGUCCAGCUCCGCUCCUCCUCACCCAACAGCAACAUGAAGGUCUCCGUGGCUGCCCUCGCCGUUCUCACCAGCGCUGCCUUCUGGUCCCUGGCCUCCUCUGGCCCAGAGGGACCAGACAUGCCCACUUCCUGCUGCUUCUCCUACAUGGCCCGCCGGAUCCCGCGCAGCAUGGUGAUGGAUUACUAUCACACCAGCAGCAAGUGCUCCUUACCCGCUAUAGUGUUUAUUACGAAGAAAAGCCGGUCCGUCUGUGCCAACCCCAGCCACUCCUGGGUCCAAGCCUAUGUGAACACCUGGAUCUGAACUGAGCAGAAUGGGGGACAGAGAAUUAUUCCUAUUUAUUACGUGUAUUACGGUAGCACUUCGCAGCCCCAUUGUGCAAGAUGCUGUAACACCGGACAAAGAGGUGAUUCCUGAGCCCAAGUGCUGGCCAUCUAAGGACAGAGUUCAAAGGGCACCGGAAGGACCUCGCCUCACUUCUGCUACCAACCCACUUUUCAAAGAACUGACAAACGCUGGACUUUGAACGUAUCAUGUGACGCUAUUUAAGACGUGCAGUAGGGACCCCAUUUUUUGUAUUGCUAAUUAUAUUAUUUAUGGCAUGCGUGCAGGAGGUCAGAUGACUCCCCGUGCAUCGCAGUGACCGACACAAAAACACCCCAGGUUGUUGAAUGUGUUCGGUUCUUUGUGCUGUAAUAUUAGGCGAUGACCAGGGACUGGGUAGAGUGAUGAUUUUGGAAAAUAAAAUGUUUUGUAGAAAAA